AAAUUGGUAACAAAGCUUGAUUUUUCCCUUUCUUUUCUUGUUAAAGAAAUGAUUUAGGACCUAGAACCCUCCCUUUGAAGUAGAAAUUUCCAGAUCUGCUCUCCCUUCCUCUUUCCUUCGGUCCGUGAGUUUCUGCUGGUUGGGGGUGCGAUUUUCUAGGCUUUUUGGUAGGCAAGAACCUUGAAAUUCAUCUUUUCUCCCUUAAUUUGGUUUGGGUUUACUUUGAAUUGUGUUUUGGUUCUUGAAUUUGGUAGCCGCGAGUUCCCUUGCAGAAUUGCCACCGGCCUCUUUCCCCCGCCAGGUCCGGUUCUACAGCUGGAAAAAUUCUAGUUCCUGAUUGUUCUGUCAGUUUAGCACUGAGAUCGAGUCUUCGGUUUUAUGCGAGUGAGGUAAGUAACUUAUGGUAAUGCCCUGGAUUUAAGGUAAAGCUUUUAAAAGCAAAUUUUUGAUGGUUUUGAAAUGGUGGCGGGACUAAACCUGUUUUACACGAGCAUGACUUAUUUGAAAUGAAAUUUUUAUGCUUUUCAUUAAAUUGAGCAUGCCUACUUGAAAUUUAAUUGAUUGUCCUGAUGAUCUGAGAGUGAUUAGUGAAUUAUGAUUUUUCUGUUAACUUCUGCCUGUUUUGUCUCCGAUAUGGUCAUGUUAUUCGUGUGCUCGCUAGUGGGAGGUUUAUAAACGCUAGCACAUGUCGACAUGUAUUUCUGUAGAGCCGAUUCCUCUUACCAAUGGGAGUUGUUAAACACUGUUAUUUCUGUGAUCCUGUUAGUGGGAUUAUACACUAGUAAAUCAUGUGCCUGCUAGUGGGAGGUUUAUAACACUGGCCAUGACCUAUAGAGGAGAUGUUUAUUUUGUUCCCGUACUGUACUCGUUUUUUGCAAUUAUACUUGUUAGCAUGCUAUGAGUUUAAUUACGGGCUAUCCAUAUUUACUUACUGAGUUAUCUCACCUCGUUGUUCUCGUCCACCAUUUCAGGUAGGUGACCGAGACAUGGAAAUCAAGGGGAGUGACGUGGUAGAAGGCUAGCCACUUGAGAUUUGACAUAGAUUCUAGAUAUAUAUACCAUGCUCUUGUAAGUUAGAUUUUAAUUGGAAAUUUUAUGGUAUCAAAACUGAUUUUGUUGAAUAAGUUUUGAGCCUUGUGCAUUUGUGGGACCUUCUCACAAGUAUACGGCGUUUGCCACGUCCUCGGAUUUGGGUUCUGAGGCGUGACAAAGAGCUGAGAUGAUUUUCUUGUGAAUUUACUACAUCAUGAACUUGGGGAGUGCAAAGUGAUUGUGAAGGGGAAAUACCUAUGGAAAGAGAUUUUGAGCCUUCAUAUCCUUCCUUUUGAUAACCUAACCCAAAACCACAUUACAAGCCAACAAUAAUCUUUAUUAGUGAAU